AAUCAAGGGGUGGGAUCAAAGGGUGAGUUUUUUUUCAAAGGAGAGGAAAUCCUUAGGAAAUGUGUGGGAUCACGCUCGGUGUUUCCAAGUAGCCUGGGCAUUAUUGACAAACUAUUUUCCUUGUGUGACGGUAGUUUGUGGUGCAUACCGAUCAUCCGAUACAAACACGGGUGUGGUGAGUGACAAGUAAGGGGGGGAAGCGACCGUCGUUAGGUCAAAAUGUCGAUUCAGUACGAGGUGGAACAGCUGGCUGACAGCUACGGGGUUGCGGACUCGUUCCCCAAAGAUUUCGGUUAUGGUGAAGAGGAGGCCGACAUUGAGGACAGCCCGGCGCCGUCCGACAGCAAACCGAGAAUCCUGCUCAUGGGUUUGAGAAGAAGUGGCAAAUCAUCCAUACAGAAGGUGGUCUUCCACAAAAUGUCUCCCAAUGAGACCUUGUUCCUGGAGAGCACCAACAAGAUCUACAAGGACGACAUCUCUAGCAGCUCCUUUGUCAACUUCCAGAUUUGGGACUUCCCGGGUCAGGUUGACUUCUUUGACCCCACCUUUGACUACGAGAUGAUCUUCAGAGGAACCGGGGCUUUGAUAUUUGUCAUCGAUGCUCAGGAUGAUUAUGUGGAGGCCCUGGGCAGACUUCACCUCACGGUGUCUCGGGCCUAUCGGGUCAAUCCAGAGAUCAACUUCGAGGUGUUUAUCCACAAAGUGGAUGGCCUGUCAGACGAUCACAAGAUCGAGACUCAGAGAGACAUCCAUCAGAGAGCCAAUGACGAUCUGGCAGACGCUAGCUUGGAAAAGCUGCAUCUCAGCUUUUACUUGACGAGUAUUUACGACCACUCCAUCUUUGAGGCCUUUAGCAAAGUGGUGCAGAAGCUCAUCCCUCAGCUUCCCACUCUGGAGAACCUCCUAAACAUCUUCAUUUCUAAUUCAGGGAUAGAGAAGGCCUUUCUGUUUGACGUGGUCAGUAAGAUCUACAUCGCUACAGACAGCUCUCCUGUAGACAUGCAGUCCUAUGAACUGUGCUGUGAUAUGAUCGACGUGGUCAUUGACGUCUCCUGCAUCUAUGGUCUGAGGGAGGACGGCAGUGGCAGUGCCUACGACAAGGAGUCCAUGGCCAUCAUCAAGCUCAACAACACCACUGUGCUGUACCUGAAAGAGGUCACCAAGUUCCUGGCCCUUGUCUGCAUCCUGCGGGAAGAAAGCUUUGAGCGCAAAGGAUUAAUAGACUACAACUUCCACUGUUUCCGGAAGGCCAUCCAUGAAGUAUUUGAGGUGGGCGUUUCCACCCAGCGUCCAGUGGGCUCUCAGGCGGUGGGCUCUCCCUGCACCAAGGCCGUUGCACUGAAUGGCACGCCGCGCAACACUGUCUAGACACUGAUGCAAAAUAAAAAAAAA